AUGGCAGUUGUAUUUUCCCUGGACUAUGGGGCGCUUAGCGGCUGGGGUACCCCGGGCUCAGCUCAGCUGGGGAGUCCCCCUCGCCCAGGCCGCACUUGCACCCCGAAGCUGCAAAGUUGCGGCAAACAGUUGCGGGGAGCCGAGGAGCGGAGGUCGAGGCCAGGCGCCCGCGGCUGCUUGCACCGGGAGCCGGCAGAGCCGAGGGUCGCGCGGCGCGCGCCGAGGCAGGGGAGGAGGCGGAGGCGGGGGAGAGGAGGGGAGGGGAGGGGCGUCGGGGAACAGCUGCCGGGGGAGGCGAGGCGCAAGGUGGCUCCCCGCGGCCCCGCGCCCCGCGGCUCCGGGAACGCACCAGGCAGCCAAUGGCUGCGCAGAGGUGUACAGCAGAUGGCGUCCGACUGCGCCGUUCCUUCCUCCUCCUCCUCCUCCUCCUUCAGUGCUGAGGAGCCAGAGUCGCCGCCGGGUUGCCAGACGCUGGAAUGGGUGGUCUCCCGACACACACCACCAUCUUUCUUGCGCUCGGGAAGCUCGGGGCUUGGCGGCUCCCAGAGGCUACGGCAGCAGCUCCGGCGAGGCGGGUGUAGGCAAGUUAAAAGGCUGAAAAAUCUGAAGAAUGUUUCCAAAGAGUCCUCUGGCUGUCACUUGCUGGGUAUGGAGGAGCAUGAGGAAGCUAUGUCUAUUGCUGUCUCUUUUGCUGCCCCAUGCAGCUCAUUUGGAAGGCAAAAAGGAUAAUCAGUUCACCUGGAAACCAG